CGGCCCCUCGGAGGGUGGAGUCAGCAGCCGCUCCUCCAGCCGCUGAACCGACGUGAGCACUUCGAUAUUUCCCCCGUUCUCCGGCCUUUUUAAGGGAAUCCGCCAUCGCUUCUGCUCCCGAUAUAAAUACCUCCGUUACAUCGAGAGGAGAACCGACCGCCGCGCAGCAUGGGGGCCAACAAGGACAAGAAGGAACCGUGUGGAACCGUCUGCCUGAAGUACCUGCUGUUCGCCUUCAACUUCUUCUUCUGGUUGGCGGGCGGCGCCGUGAUGGGGGUGGGCAUCUGGACCCUGGGGGUGAAGAGCGACUACAUCAGCCUGCUCUCCUCCAAGACCUACGCCGCCUCCGCCUACAUCCUGGUCCUGGCUGGAGUCAUCGUCAUGGUAACGGGCGUGCUGGGCUGCUGCGCCACCUUCAGGGAGCAGAGGAAGCUCCUGCUCGUGUACUUCAUCCUGCUGCUGUGUAUCUUCCUGUUGGAGAUCCUGGCUGGCGUCCUGGCUUACGUCUACAAUAAGCAGUUGAAUGAGGAGCUGAAGCAGAACCUGAGAGAGACCAUGACCCAGAAGUAUAAACAGAGCUCCCAGGAGCACGUCACCAGGGCCGUGGACAAGCUGCAGCAGGAGUUCAAGUGCUGCGGCAGCAACAGCUCGUCGGACUGGGCUGAGAGCGCCUGGAUCCGCACCAGAGACGCCGCCGGCAGGAUGGUGCCUGACAGCUGCUGCAAGACCCUCACUGAGUUCUGCGGCCGCAGGGACCACCCGUCCAACAUCUACAAGGUGGAGGGAGGCUGCAUCACUCAGCUGGAGAAAUUCAUCCUGGACCACCUGAAGAUCAUCGGAGGGGUGGGCGUCGGGAUCGCCUGUGUGCAGGUCAUAGGGAUGGUGUUCACGUGCUACCUGUAUAAAAGUCUCAAGGAGACGUACUAAGAAGAGGAGCAGAAGAAGAGUGUGUGUGUGUGUGUGUGUGUGUGGCGUUGACUCCAUCGACCACACACUCAGAUAGCUUGAAUAACGUUUUCUUUGCUUCGCACCGAGGGGGAAGGGAACAUUUGGCUCAUUCAGUGGAAGAAAAACACGACGAGAAAUCAAGAAAUGUGGUAAAACAUUGUGGUUUAUUUCUGCUCCCGAUUGUCUCUCAGCAGGAAACGUUACGUUAAGCCCCCCCCCCCCCCCAUUCCAUUGUGGCCUUCUCUUAAGAAACUUUCUAAACAGUUUUUUUUAAUCUUUUGUAAAUGAUUAUUUUCAACACUCUGAGGUGCUUUCCUUUGAGCUUUUAUUCCUUAACGUGUCUCCAUAGUGAGUUAAAUAAACUCUGCUGCCGUGAGGUACUCAGCUGGUGCCUUUUCUCACGAAAAUUGCCCCACGAAGUGAUCAUGUUGACGAUAUAAAAUACUGAUAUUAGUCAUAAGAAAGCCUCAUGUUUGCUUUUUUUUUUUUUUUAAUAUAAAUAUAUAUAUGGAUUUAUCCUCUGAUGCCAAAGUUCUCUCUGUAAAGGACCUCCUGUAUCUCCUCCUCGCCUUAUUACUCUACUGACGGCUGGCUUUUGGUCAUAAAUGAAGAUUUUUUUUCUGUUCACUUUUCUACUGCACAUAAAUGUGUUAUUGUAUUUAACGGUUGACCCCCAAGCCGACACUAAAUUAACCUGCUGUAGUUUUGAGUUUGAAUAAAACGUUGAUCGACA